AGUGUCGCCCUGUAGGAUAGAACUUUCCAUAUCAGUCUCUGUGGCUCCUGUGCAACUGCAACUCACAAUGAUAUCUGCUGUGGGAUUCCUGUGCCUGCUCUCAGCUCUUGUAUCCACAGGUUAUUCUCUCACCUGCAUAGAGUGCUCUGAAUAUAAUUCAACAUCUUGCACAGGGGAUAGUGUUCUAUGUCCAGCCCAGUUUUGUGCUUCUGUGUUCAUCAAAGAAUCUAAUCCAGUUGAAAGCAUUAUGCAGAUUAAGAGAUCUUGUGCCACUGAAGAGCAAUGUAGUGAGACUGGCAGCGCCACCUAUGGGUACGUCAGGAGACACAUGAUUACCAGCUGCUGCGACAGUGACGACUGUACCCCAGAGGUACCUGAAUGCCCGGAAGCCACCAACGAGCCCAACGGAAACAGCUGCCCAAACUGCUUCCCUCCGACCCUUGACGAAUGUGAGUCGGGAGAACAGGCCCAGUGUUCUGACAACGAGGACAAGUGCUUCGUCCAUGUCUUUAAACAUAACGAUUUUGCAUUCAAGAUUGGAGGUUGCUCUACAGAAUCCAUGUGCCAGCCUGACAAGUUCAAUGAGUACAGCUAUGAAGAGGUGACUACCACCUGCACCCAGGCAACCCAGUGACUCCCGUAGUCUUAUGGACUUCUCUAUGGAGCAUGUGACUUCCCCACCAAUGAUUAAUUCCUUUGUUCUUUUGCUAAAUCUCUAAUUGCCGCAUCGCACCCUUUCUAGGUUUUACCAGCACAUUCCAACUGCUUCUGGGAGACAAUUGCACAAUAAAAUUUACCAGAUAUUUGUCCCA